AUGGCAGGUCUGCUAAAAUUGAGUAUAAAGCGUUUACUCGGCGACAACGAAGCCGCUGCGUUCGCGGCGAUCGGUGUAACAGUCGUCACUCUAUCAUUAAUAGUAAGUGCUUCUUACAUGAAAAUAAAUAUCGUGAGUACGAGCGAUUUCCUUAACAAUACAGAAGAUUCAGCGACGAGAGUCGCGGUCAUCCACUGCACCUUAGUGCAGAAGCCUGUUUCCUAG